AUGGGUGACCGCAGCAGACUUAUCGGCGGAAGUGCUCUCCAUGACGACGACCCCAACCUCGACGAGGAUGGUCAAAAGGAAGACAUCAAUACUCGCGAGCUAGGCUACGCGAAAGACCCUGACACGACUCCUCCACUCUCUUCUCGGCCAAGUUUGCUUUCCGUGGCCGAUCUCAAGAGAAAGGCAGAAGAAGAAGAACAGAAGGCGCAGAGACAGGCCGGGUGGGAGAGAGUCGAUAAAGCUAUCGAGAAAGCUGAGUUUGAAGAACGGGAGUACUGGGACCAAUUCACACAGGCUCAAGAGAUACAGAAAAAGGAAGAGGCUUCUAAAACAUCUAGCGCGCUUUCACGGGGUAAAACAUUCCAUCAGAGAGAAAAGGAAAAGGCUGCUGCAGAGUCUAGAGCGGGUACACGGAGAGCCAGCAAGACACCCAGCUUUGAGUUGCCUGAUCUGCUUGUCGCUUUGGCCUCACAUAUGCUUUAUUCACUGUUUGCGUCUGGGGAAAGUCGCAGCACACCUGAGCCCACGUCCCAUUCAUUCGAUAGUGCGACUGACUUGUGGCGACCAGGAGGGGAUGGCUUUGGUAAGAAAGCCACUGUGGCCGUGAAACGCAAAUCGAAUCAAAACAAGGGACGAGGAGGAAAGGCUUCUGGAAACAAAGCUCCUGGGGUACACAAACGGGUAUCAGACCUCGGCGGAAGUGUUGAGAAAGAGUCGUCCUCACUACCAGAAGAGAGCGGAGACACUGCGUCUUCUUUGCCGGAAUUGAAUUUUUCAUCUCCUGACAAGAGUGCUGCACUACAGGAAAACAAUGAGGUCACUUCCUCUAUGCUAGGACCGAGGGCAUCAUCUCCGACGCCCAGCCAGUCAUCUACGGAAGAUUGCUUCGACGAUAAUUCCAAGAAAUUCGGAACUUGGGCUCGAGCAAAUCCUCAACAAAGCGAAGAUGAACCCAGACUUUUCCCAAGCCCCGAGCAUGACUUUGAAUGCGCGGAAGCUGGAGAAUCUGAGCCGGAGGGGAAGAGUAAUGACUUGGCUUCUGCGGAGGGGAAACCUGAAGAUGGAGGAAAAGAGUCGGAUUUUGAGACAUUUUCCCAGUUAUAA